CGGCGGCUGAGCACGCUGUUGCGUGAGGUGCUUUCCGUCUCUCGUCGUGCGUGUCUGCCUUGUUCGGAGUAAAACCUCCUCUCGUCCAGCUCCGCCUCGCCCUCAGGUUUCACCAUUUUUGGUCACCAUGAUUAAAAUGGGAUGUCUUAAAGAGUGACAACAAAUGUUCCCAGAUGUGAAAUUGUACAGAUGGAUAGAUGAUGUAGAUGAAUGCAACUGAAGAAAAUGCAGGUUUUCAGUUGACCAAAGAAAUGGUGAUGGAGAAGCCAAGUCCCCUGCUGGUUGGGCGGGAGUUCGUGAGACAGUAUUAUACUCUGCUGAAUCAAGCACCAGACUAUCUGCACAGAUUUUAUGGAAAGAAUUCUUCAUAUGUUCAUGGUGGCUUGGAUUCCAAUGGAAAACCAGCAGAUGCUGUUCACGGACAAUCUGAUAUCCACAAGAAGGUGUUGUCACUGAAUUUUAAGGAUUGCCGCACAAAGAUCCGCCACGUGGAUGCUCAUGCCACUAUGAACGAUGGUGUUGUUGUACAGGUCAUGGGUGAGCUGUCAAAUAACACUCAACCAAUGCGGAGAUUCAUGCAAACUUUUGUCCUUGCCCCUGAGGGAUCAGUUGCAAACAAGUUUUAUGUCCAUAAUGACAUAUUUCGCUACCAGGAUGAAGUUUUUGGUGACUUGAAUGCUGAACCUCCAGAGGAAUCUGAGGAAGAGGCAGAAGAGCCUGAGGAAAGGCAACAGACUCCAGAGGCAGUUGCUGAUGAUUCAGCAGCUUACUAUGAACAGUCUGUCAGCAAUGAUUUGGAGGAACAGCUUGAAGAACCAGUUGUAGAACCAGAACCGGAACCAGAAGCUGAGCCUGAACAAGAGCCUGAAGUAGAAGUUCAAGAAGAAAAACCUGACCUAGUGGUAGAGGAAGCAGCUCCUGAGGAAGCUAUUGAGAAGAGUCCUUCUCCAGUUCCUGCAGAUCCAACACCUGUUGUACAAGAAGACUCUAGAACAUCUUCAUGGGCAUCAGUGACCAGUAAGAAUUUACCACCCAGUGGAGCAGUUCCAGUAUCAGGCAUACCACCCCAUGUUGUCAAAUUGCCUACAUCACAGCCCCGUACUGAAUCUAAGCCUGAAUCCCAAACUCCACCACAGAGACCUCAGCGGGACCAGAGGGUGAGAGAGCAACGGACAAACAUCCCACUACAAAGAGGCCCUAGAACAAUCCGGGAAGGAGAACAAGGUGACAUGGAAACCAGACGGAUUGUGAGGUACCCAGACAGUCACCAGCUCUUUGUAGGGAACCUUCCUCAUGAUGUUGAUAAAUCAGAACUAAAGGACUUCUUUCAAAAACUUGCAAACUCUCUUGCAGGCUAUGGAAAUGUUGUAGAACUGCGUAUCAACAGUGGAGGAAAACUGCCUAACUUUGGAUUUGUGGUAUUUGAUGAUCCAGAACCAGUUCAGAAGAUCCUUGGCAAUAGGCCAAUCAUGUUCAGAGGAGAAGUGCGCUUGAAUGUAGAAGAGAAAAAAACUCGAGCAGCCAGGGAGGGUGAUCGUCGAGACAACAGACCCCGUGGGCCUGGUGGCACCCGUGGGGGGCUGGGAGGUGGGAUUCGAGGCCCUCCACGUGGAGGAAUGUCUCAAAAACCAGGAUUUGGCACUGGAAGGGGCAUCGGGCAACGCCAGUGAUUAACGGAUGAUGAGAGGAGACAAACCCUUCUGCAGAUUUGUGAAUUUCAGCCUUGGGUAUCUUGGAAUGUGGUCCUACCCUGUUAUAGACUGCUACGUUUGAUACAAUUUUGGCUCAUUUUGUUUGUGUUUGGUUUUGUGAUUUUUCUUCCUAGUCCUUGUCCCAGAUUCCAGCUUUGUGGAACAAUAUUUCAGGAAAAGAUGGAUUUUAGAAAGAAUUACCAAAUCCUUGCUCGCUCGCUGCAGACAUAUGGACUGGAUAUAUAUAUAUUUUUUUGGUACCAGUGAUUUUUCCUAAUGGAAGUGUGGCGCUUUUCUUUUUUCCUUACUGACGUGAGGUGCGCUUUAGUCAGUGGAAUUACCCUUUUUACCUGCAUGUGUUCUGGAGCCUAUAGGAAAAUCUAGCACCUGACAAACAUUUCAAGGGCAGGGAAAUCCGUAUACCCCUUGGGAGGUGGGGUCAUAGGACCUCUUCGUUCCCAGUCUGGAGAUGUUGCUGUUUGGAAAUCGACGUUACCCUUUUUUUUUUUUUUUUUUGUGGCGUUGUAAAAGUGGAAUAAAGGGUAUUCAUAGAAUAUUUUCUUUUGGUACAUGAUCACGAAAAGGAAUUCUCACUACUGUUUUACCACUUACAAGGAUUGUGGGAUAGGUUUUAAAUGUCUAGAACUUGACUCUUUAAAACACUCUUCCUGAACUUGUAAAAAAUUUUUUUUUAUUGAAAUAGGGACUUUUUCAUGUUUAGUUUGUAUUUGUAUUAAAACCGAAACAAAAUUGUUGUGCCUUCUAUUUAUCUCUCAUUCCAGUCUUGGCAAAUUGUUAAAAAAAUAAAAAAGUAUAGAUUUG